CCCACGCGUCCCUAUCCACCAUUCCCCCCACGGCCCCACCCAGCUCCACACUCUACACGCCCCACCGAGGUCGACCAUUUCAAAUCCCCCACCACGCCGCCCCAAACGGUCACCCGUUACACUCACCCACCGUCACGCCCCUCCUCCCCGGUUCCGCCCCGACCGACAACCGAUCGAUCGAUCCGGCGGAGGGCGCCAUGGCCUCCCCCAACCCCGCUGCGCCCGACGCGGCGGGGCUGCAGGGGCCGGACGCCAUGGCGGGGGGAGGCGAGGGGCUCUCGUUUGGUGCGGCGGCGCCAGGGGGGACGGUUGUGGCGACGGGGGACCAGGCGCCGAGGAGGCCCCUGGCGGCGCGGAAGGAGCGCGUGUGCACGGCCAAGGAGCGCAUCAGCCGCAUGCAGCCCUGCGCCGCGGGGAAGCGCAGCUCCAUCUACCGCGGGGUCACCCGGCAUAGGUGGACAGGUCGAUAUGAGGCUCACCUCUGGGACAAAAGCACGUGGAAUCAGAAUCAGAACAAAAAGGGGAAACAAGUAUAUUUAGGUGCAUAUGAUGAUGAAGAGGCUGCAGCAAGAGCCUAUGACCUUGCUGCAUUGAAAUACUGGGGAGCUGGAACACAAAUAAAUUUUCCAGUCUCUGAUUAUGCGAGAGACCUUGAAGAGAUGCAGAUGAUCUCCAAGGAGGACUAUCUUGUGUCUCUUAGAAGAAAGAGCAGCGCCUUCUCAAGGGGGUUACCAAAAUAUCGUGGGCUUCCUAGACAACUACAUAAUUCAAGAUGGGAUACUCCUUUGGGACAUUUACUCGGCAAUGACUACAUGAACCUUAGUGUUGGCAAGGAUAUCACGCUGGAUGGAAAAUUUGCAGGAAGCUUUGGUUUAGAGAGGAAAAUUGAUCUUACAAAUUACAUUCGGUGGUGGCUACCCAAAAAGGCACGGCAGUCAGAUACAUCUAAGGCAGAAGAGACUGCUGAUGACAUCCGAGCUAUUGAAAGUUCAAUGCAACGGACUGAACCAUAUAAGUUGCCUUCUCUUGGCCUCUGUUCUCACUCAAAACCCUCUCCAGUAGGCUUAUCAGCAUGUAGUAUAUUAUCACAGUCUGAUGCCUUCAAAAGCUUCUUGGAGAAGUCUACAAAAUUAUCUGAAGAAUGUACUCUCAGCAAAGAAAUGGCUGAAGUAAAGGCUGUUGCCUCGGUACCUGCUACUGGACAUGAUACCAUGGCAGUUAAUAUUAACAUGAAUGAGUUGCUAGUGCAAAGAGCUCCUUACACAAUUGCCCCUGUUAUGCCUACACCAAUGAAGAGUACCUGGAGCCCUGCUGAUACUUCUGUGGAUCCUCUUUUUUGGAGCAACUUCAUCUUGCCAUCGAGUCAACCUGUUACAAUGGCUACAAUUACAACAACAACGUUUGCCAAGAAUGAGGUAAGUUCAAGUGAUCCAUUCCAGAGCCAAGAGUGAGCGUCGAGCUUACCAAAGCAGGAUAUUCUAGCUUUGUCAACGACAUUAUCCUGUGCUUCAGAGAUUCCUUUUGCCCAUCGUUAUGCCGUGGCUCGUGAGCAAUACUCCUUGUGUAUCCAUACUUCAUAGGACAUGAAUAGAAGACAAGUGCAAGCAUAGCUAUGUAAUAUACAAUGCAUAGUUCCCAAAAUAUGGUAUCUAUUACAUAUAUUAAAGGGCCAAGAAUUGGAGCAAUUCUAGGGGUUCAAAUUACUGUAGCUAAUGUUCAUGUGGGUCCUGUAUGUGUACACAUAUAUGUACGGAUACGUAUACGUAUAUGUAUAUAUAUGUGUGUGUCCUUGUAUAUACAUACACAUAAUUUUUUCCAAAA